CGGCUUGGGAAGGGGGGGGGGGGGUUGCAAGGGAAAACUUAACACCCAUAACAAAAGAGUUUAAGGAAAGCUCUUUUGCGUUGCAAAAAAGUGGAGGGGGCCAUGCCUCCGGUGACCCUUCGUUGGAGGCCCUGUAAAACAAUGCGGUGUUGAAGGAGUUAAGAAAUAACAAGAAAAGCUUUUCGAAGAAAAAUUUGUCAGCGACUUCACGUCCCCUGCGGAGGUUGUUUUAGUUGUGCAUGUGCUCGUUUCAACAUGGCUGCCGAAACCCGUGUACCCUGUCAGGACUUCGAAGUUUUCCAACAACUCCAUAAAGUGCAGCUCGUUAAUGCCGGAAUACCUCCUCAGUAUUGGGAAAGAAUAUUUGAGAAGAUAAAAGCAGACAUAUACGAUGCAGGCUCAUACUUCAACAUGGCAAAAGAUGAAGAUGAAAACUGGCAUGUCCUUGUGUCUAAUGAAAAUGGCUUAAAGCUUGAUGAUUCAAAUGGUGUGUUUCUUGUUGACCAUGCUUGGACAUUUGAAGCAGAGUAUGCCAGAAACCAACUGAGGACUAAUGCCCAGCUUCUUGUACGCAUGGCAAAUUUCUUGGAAGUGGUAGAUCCUGAUUCAGAAGAAUAUUUAAUGGAAGAGCUUGUCAACAAAGUAAUGGAAAAGCUUUGGUUAUACUGUCACACCUACAAAGUUGCAAAAACGAUCAUAAAUGAAGACGGCUCUUUAGACAUUGAGCAACAGGUGGACAAGAAAAUUACUCUUUGGUACAUGCUAGAUGAGUUUGGCUCACGCUUUUCUCACUCGGAUGAACCUAAUGUCGAAUUCAAGCUGUUUUUCUACGUCCCUACGCAGCUCACAUAUUCGCUGAUUUUCCCAUUAAAGGAUAUAGAAUUUGAAGAAGAGGCUGUUCGAGAUUAUUUGAGUGGAGCAGAGGAAGAUAAGCAACGCGAUUCACGCCUGUAUCCAUGGUUUCCAGACCGGCUUAAUUUAGAAGAGGUAGUCGACGAUUGGCUGGAGAAGAUCGAUCUUACUUCAAGAGAGGAUAGAUGCAGCGAGAAGAUUUCGGAUCGGCAAACUGCCAGCGACGUUUCCACUUCUAAUGAAACCCUCAAAGUUUAUACUGAAUGCAAGGAAGUUGAAAAGUUUUUAUCUCACUCAAGAUUUGUUUUGCACGAUGACAUAGAAACUGCCGACAUUUUAUGGCUGUAUGAUCAUUUCAAAGACUUCAAAUCAUUAGCUGAAACCCCGGGGAAAAUUGUAAAUCAAUUUCCUUCAGAGAACAUCCUGACAAACAAGGAUCUUCUUGCUGAAGUUGCAAUGAGAAGUGUUAAGCUUGAUGGCCGCAAAGCCACUGACGACGAAAUAUGCCACAGGGGACCGAUGUGGCUACCUACGACUUUCAACUUGUCCACUGAGCUACCAAAGUUCAUCAAGCAUUUUAAGGAAAGAGAAGCCAGGGGCUUGAAUAACAUUUGGAUGUGCAAGCCUUGGAACCUGGCUCGCGGGCUAGACCAUACCAUAACAAAUAACUUAACCCAGAUAAUAAGACUAGUUGAUACAGGGCCUAAGGUUGCUUGCAAGUAUAUAGAAGACCCAUUGCUCUUUCGCCGCGAUGACGUCGGAAACGUAAAGUUUGAUAUCCGAUUUAUGGUUGUUUUGAAGUCCGUCAAGCCGCUAAGACUCUAUGCAUACAAAAUUUUCUAUCUUCGCUUCGCAAAUGUACAGUAUUCUCAAGACGACUUCGAGAUGUACGAGAAACAUUUGACAGUAAUGAAUUACAGAGGGGCGGAAUUACAUCAGAUUCAUUGGGAUGAUUUCAAGAAGCGUUUUCAAGACCAGUUCCCGGGGCAGGAAUGGGACAAUAUUGAGAGUAAGACUUUCGAGAUUAUAAAACUUCUUUUCAAAUCCGCUGUAUCAAGGCUACCUCCGAAUGGCAUCGGACACAGUACCCAGAGCAGAGCAAUGUAUGGCCUGGAUUUUAUGUACAAAUGGCAGGAUAAAGAAAAAACGAGUAUCCAGCCGAUGCUGAUAGAGGUGAACUACAUGCCGAGUAUCAAGAGAUGCUGCAAGUACGAACCUCAUCUAGUCAAUGACUUCUUUCAAACCAUGUUUCUUGAAGAAAUGGGUGACAAUUUUGUAAAGCUUUUCUAGUAGGUAUUUUAUGCUUUCUGAUUGCAUAUACACGUUGGUUGUACUGUGCAUUUGCUCUUGUGUAUCGGCAAUCCAGGACAAACAUUGUUAAACUUUUUUUCAAGAAAACUUGUUUUUCUCUCCCCCGAUUCAAUAUUGAAGGCAUAUUUUUGAAGCAGAGAUGAGAGAUCUACUAGUCCAACAUUAAAAGAGGGGAUUCGAAUUUACAGUGGCAACAUGAAGUAGAAAGUUGCAAAAAUUUCAUUUUGUCUGUACAGUUUUGUCUUGGAUUGCAGCUCGAUUUGAAAUUUUCAGAAAAUCAGCAAGGGAACCAGUUUUGGUUACAGGAAAGUAUUCCGAGAUUUCCAAAAGUUUUUUCGCUUACUCUUUGGUAAAGUUUCAAUCCUACUGAGUUGCAUUUGCUAAAAAGACUUUGUUUUGGUAGUCGAAUCAGAAGUUGCCAGGUCAAUGAUAGUUUAAAGACCAACUUUGGGAAAAGAGGACAGCAUCGACUUAGAGCAGACUAUGAUAUUUUGGAGAAUAUAUUAUUAGCUAUUUUGGUCACAGUAUCAAAUAUACUCUUUAAGAACACACUAAAAAAGGACGAAGGUCGCUUUGCCAAGAAAUAAGAACAUCGUCAACCUCGGAUAAAAGGUUAGGAGAAAAGAACUAUAUGUUUUUGAAAAUGUUUUCCCAUGUUAACAAAACAGAGUAGAUUUUAUCAGCAUAUCAACCGUGCAACUAAAGUGUAGUAAAACUGUUCUUCAGUAGUCUCAGAAAUUUAUUUAAUAGUUUGUAUAUGUAGAAAUCAAUGUUGAAAUAAGAACAGUAUUAAGACUGCGCGAGCCCCGAAUCAACAAAAGAAUACGAACAUCGGGCCAAAAUUAUCUGGUUCUUAUAAAAAGAGUGUAGAUUAUGAGAUUUUUAUUUGUUUCCAAAGACUUUUUAUCGUGAACCCUCCUUUCCUCAAAAUGUGUCCGAAAAAUUCUAGUUUGCUCUUUCUUAUUGAUUUAAGCAAACUUCUUUUCCUUCCAGCUCUUUCCAGGACUUCUUUGUUGCUGACAAGUCAGAUUAAAAUAGGGUUUUUUAUAAUUUGUAAAUUGUAUAUAUUGAAUUGUAAUAAGGUUCAUUUAUUUUUUAUGCAAUA